UAUGACGAGCAACCAAUCGCGACGAGCUCUUCUCUAUAAAAGUUUUACCCGCUGGAAUACUGCAACACUCCUUCUGGAGAUAAUUGACUCUGGAUAGACAGAAUCAGCCGAGAAAAAGGGGAAAAAUUUGUCUGAUCACUCUGGGUAACCGGUUCAUUGUCUGAAAAAGAAGGAAACAGAAGAAAGGAAGAUAACCAUGGCUCUUACAAUUCUUCCCUUGUUGGGCCCAAUUUCUGUGUCUGAGAGCCUUGUGGCCAUCAUCACGAUAUGUGUGGUGUAUCUGCUCAUGCGCCUCAUGCGUACCAAGAUUCCAGAAGGGCUCCAGAAGCUGCCGGGACCGAAGCCUCUCCCCAUUAUCGGAAAUGUCCUGGAAGUGGGAAACAACCCACAUCUGAGCCUCACCGCCAUGAGCAAGUGCUACGGCCCCGUCUUCCAGAUCCAGAUCGGCAUGCGUCCCGUGGUGGUGCUCAGCGGCAACGACGUGAUCCGUCAGGCCCUCCUCAAGCAGGGCGACGAGUUCGCCGGACGUCCGGAUCUGCACAGCAGCAAGUUCAUCAGUGACGGGAAGAGCCUGGCCUUCAGCACGGACAAGGUGGGCGUCUGGCGUGCCCGUCGCAAGCUGGCCCUCAGCGCCCUGAGAACCUUUUCCACGGUGCAAGGAAAGAGCUCGGAGUAUUCAUGCGCCCUCGAGGAGCACAUCAGCAAGGAAGGUCUCUAUCUGAUCGAAAGGCUUCACAACGUCAUGAAGGCAGACGGGGGUUUCGAUCCUUUCCGCCACAUCGUGGUGUCCGUGGCCAACGUGAUCUGCGGGAUAUGCUUCGGUCGACGCUACAGCCACGACGACGACGAGUUGGUGAGUUUGGUGAACAUGAGCGACGAGUUCGGGAAGAUCGUGGGAAGCGGCAAUCCUGCCGAUUUUAUCCCUUUCCUGCGCAUCCUGCCCAGCACGACGAUGAAGAAGUUCGUGGACAUCAACGCUCGCUUCAGCAAUUUGAUGAAGAAGCUCGUCAAUGAACAUUACGACACCUUCAACAAGGAUAACAUCCGAGACAUUACCGAUUCUCUCAUCAACCUCUGCGAAGACCGGAAACUGGACGAGAACUCAAACAUCCAAGUGUCAGACGAGAAGGUUGUCGGAAUCGUCAACGACCUCUUCGGAGCAGGUUUCGACACUAUCAGUACGGCUCUGUCUUGGGCUGUCGUCUAUCUAGUGGCCUACCCUGAGAUCCAGGAACGACUGCAAAGAGAACUGGAGGAAAAGAUCGGAAUGGAGCGUACGCCACGUUUGUCGGACAGAACGGACUUGCCGCUUCUCGAGGCCUUCAUUCUGGAGAUCUUCCGACAUUCGUCCUUCCUUCCUUUCACCAUUCCUCACUGUACGUCCAAAGACACGUCGCUCAAUGGAUAUUUCAUUCCCAAAGACACCUGUGUGUUUGUAAACCAGUGGCAAGUCAACCGUGACCCAGAACUGUGGAAGGAUCCGUCGAGCUUCAACCCCGACCGGUUCCUCACGGCGGACGGGACAGAUCUGAACAAGACAGAAGGAGAGAAGGUGUUGACUUUCGGGCUCGGGAAACGCCGCUGCAUCGGGGAGUCCAUCGGACGUGCCGAGGUCUUCCUGUUCCUGGCCAUCCUUCUCCAGAGGUUAAAGUUCAGCGGGAUGCCAGGGGAAAUGCUGGAUAUGACGCCAGAGUACGGGCUGACCAUGAAGCACAAGCGCUGUCUGCUGCGUGCCACCCCGCAGCCUGGCUUCGAAUUCCCCAGCUCCGCGGCGUGAUCCGAACCAAAGGUCAACAGGGUUGACAUUUCACCUGAGAUUCUGGUUUGGGGCAAACCUCGCCGUCGGCUCGCAAUGCCAAAUAUUUGAAAGAUGUUUGACUGUGAUGCCGGUUAAAGCAUCCAGUGUGUUUUACUGCAGUUAUUUCAACCACGCUGGAUAACCCAGAGUCCGCAUGUGGCCUAAUCAUGUACAUACAUCUAUGUUUUCAUAGGCACAUGCACUUUUGCAUGGGUUCGUCCUUUCAAAAGUCGAAUGCUGAUAACAUAUUUGUGCUUCCAAAUAUAGUGCACAGAUAACACCGAGUGCCUGUCGCAGCUCAAGCCCUUAUGCUGCUUUUGUGCCAGUUCAUCAAACGAAUGCCUUCUUUUACCAUAAGCUUAAAAUGCAGAUUCUUCAAAUCUGCUGGACGACAUACACUGAAGCUAUUUUCUGUUCGAUUCCGAUCCCAAAAUGUGAUCCACUUGUAAAUAUCCAGCCACUUUUACCCAUUACAUAUUCCAUGUGCCUGAUCUCAUGUUUGUACAGACUGUUGAAGAAUUAUAUCUGCAUUUUUGUAUUUAUCAAGGUGCUUCUGCACACUCGAUAUCAUUCUAGAUCAAAUUUUCAUCGCUGAAUAUUUUUGUUGUUUAAUUGUCUGUAUUGCCUGAUACUCUUUGUGGCAGGUGCUUAGUGUUUUGUAUAAUGAAGGAAUUUAACGUUUGAAGUAGUAGAAUUGAUAAUUCCUGCAAAUGUGGUCUCACACCAGCUCUGCCAGCAGGGGCAUUGUUUUUGCGUAGCCUAUUUAUGAUUGCUAAAUGAAUAAAUAAACUUUCAUAGUAAA